AUUUUUAUGUCUUGCACUGUGCUGCUGCCGCAAAACAACAAAUUUCAGGAGACAGAGUCAGUGAUAAUAAGCCUGACUCUAACCCUGUCACAAGGCGCUCUGCUCCGCAAGCGCCGUCGCUCACGUGAUCGGGCCGCCGGUGACCUCAUUGAGGUUUGGUGCGCAUGCUCCGCGCUGCGUGCCUGGCCAGUGACGUAACCAACGACUCGGCGGGACGCUGAAAAUGGCGCCGGUGAUGAGCGACAAAGAGUUGAGACGCCAGCUGAAAUCCCUGGGCUAUUCGGCGGGGCCGAUCACCGACAGCACCAGGUCGCUUUACGUCAAAAAGUUAAGCCAGCUUCAGUCGGAAAACCGGCAGAAACAGCGGAGCGGACGGACGGCGCGGAGUUCCCAGAGCACCGUUGACAGCUCCGCCGCCAUCUCGCAGCCAGUGCGCCAGCGGCCCAGUGCGGCCUCCGCUGGCGCCAGGGCUUCUACCAGCGGCUCCUGGGGCUGUAGGUUACAGGAUGACCAGGACAGCGGGCUGUCCGCCGACCACCCCGACGCAGAUCAUGCAGGCACGUCGGAUGAUGACCUCGCCGAUGGUGGGACGUCCGAAUCUGUGGGUGCCAGGCGAACGGUGAGCGGUGCAGAUCCGUUCCGGGGAACGUCCUUGUACUCUGAUACAUCUGCCAGCCUGUAUUCAAAUCCAUACACGAGAACAUUUGAUAGCUUGAGUUCAGAACGGCGCACAAGGACAUCUGACAAUCAGUAUUCAGAUCCAUACGCGAGGAUAUUUAACAGUUUAGGAUCACAUAAAAGGAACAGCCUGCAUUCGGAUCGUUACAAGACGCAAACCGACAGCCUGUUUUCAGAUCGAUACACGGGGAAAACCGACAGCCCGUUUUCAGAUCGAUACACGGGGAAAACCGACAGCCCGUUUUCAGAUCGAUACACGGGGAAAACCGACAGCCCGUUUUCAGAUCGAUACACGGGGAAAACCGACAGCCCGUUUUCAGAUCGAUACACGGGGAAAACCGACAGCCCGUUUUCAGAUCGAUACACGGGGAAAACCGACAGCCCGUUUUCAGAUCGAUACACGGGGAAAACCGACAGCCCGUUUUCAGAUCGAUACACGGGGAAAACCGACAGCCCGUUUUCAGAUCGAUACACGGGGAAAACCGACAGCCCGUUUUCAGAUCGAUACACGGGGAAAACCGACAGCCCGUUUUCAGAUCGAUACAAGGGGAAAACCGACAGCCCGUUUUCAGAUCGAUACACGGGGAAAACCGACAGCUCGUUUUCAGAGCGAUACACGGUGAAAACUGACAGCAUGAAUUCGGACUCCUGUACCGGAAAAUAUCAGGUUAUGAGUUCAGAUCCAUUUACAAGGAAGUCUAAAAGCCUGUGUUCGGAUCUAUAUAAGGGCAAACUUAGCGACUUGUAUUCGGGUACAAGAAAUUCGCAAGGCUUGUAUUCCAAUACCCGUUAUAGAGGACGAGCAGAUAGUUGGUCAGAGAAUGAGGAUGAAAGCCAUGUGCACCGAACUUCUGCUGGACCCGCAAAGAACGAGAAACAAAAGCAUAAAAAUCGCCUGGUUAAAUUCGAGUUUUACUUAUCGUGGUUUCUGUACAUAGCCACAAUUAUGUUAUGCCUUGUGUUGUUGGCAUUAGUCUGUGUCAAAGCCUUGGGGUUAGUUGAAGGAUCUCAGGAGGACAUAGAUGAAAAUAUUAAAAUGUUGCCAGUGGAUUGCGACGGUAAAGCAGACACAUUUUGCAGAGCUGAAGAGCACAAAAUGAUAAUGAUGAUAUUGACUGAAGUAUAUGAGUAUUUGGCAGAAUUGGCAGGUGAAUUUGAAUGUGGAUCUGAAUCACCACUGAAAAGUAAAUGUGUGCCAGUGACUGAUGUAAAGACACAUUUAUCGAUUUUAAAAGUUCCUAAUGUAGAUAAAUUUAAUGAAGCCUUACAGUGGAUUAUGCAGAGUCCACGGGACCUUGGAAUUAGAUUAGUUCAUGAAGACCCUGAGGCAGCAGUAACUUCAGUGGAUCAGGUGACCUGCCUUGAAUCUACUCGUCCACAAAUGAAUUUGUAUUGUCGCCUCCAACGUGCAUUUUUUACCAUUCUUAGUAGAAUGUUAAUUUUUAUUUUGGUAUUAAGCCUUUUAUGGAUUACACUGCUACUUCUGAAGUACCAUUCAAGGAAAAUGGAAGAACAACGACAAGCUAUGUAUGAAAUGGUGAAUAAAAUUAUAGCUGUCAUUCGUGCUCACAAUGAAGACUGGGAAAAGGAUUUGGAACUCGUCCCGUAUGUACCCAUCCCUCAUGUCCGAGACACACUAAUUCAACCUAAGGACAGGAAGAAGAUGAAGAAGAUCUGGCAGAAAGCUGUGCAGUUUCUUGAAGCAAGUGAGUCCCGGAUUCGUACAGAGAAAUGCAGAAUAAAUGGACAGGAUUUCUUGGUUUGGAGAUGGAUACAGCCUUCAUCCCUCUGUGACUCAAUGUGAUAAAUAACUAAAAAAUAUGCAAAGCCAAAGGCAAGUUAGCACUUAAUAAUGUUCCUUCAAUGCAGUAUGUGGAGAUGGCUGCACUAUAUGUUGUACAUAUAAAUGCUUGUGUUGGGAGUUCUCCAUGCAGCAGUUGAUUGUGACUGGUCAAUUUGGAGUCAAGUGGUAGGCACUGCCCCACAAGAAGCAAGAGAAAAUUAGUGGAUAUGCCAGGAGUAUAAUGUAAUGUCUUUUCACAGAUAUUAACUUGUUAUUAUUGAUUGAUGUAAUUUGGGUAGUUCUAGCAAGACCAGCAAUUUUUACACAUCCUUAAUACAACUGAGUGUCUUGCUAAGCUACAGCAGAAAGUUGUAGAGGCAACCACAUCGGGUGACUAGUGUUUACAACAGUAUCAGACCAAACUUUUCUUGCCUAAUCAACAUGAAAUUCAAUCCAAUAACACUUCAUUUUCACUCACAACUAAAUUCAAAAUGAAUUUCUUUUCCAGUAGCCUAAUGACUAUAAAAUAUUUGGUAGAAAUAUAGAAGCACCAAAUUUGCCUCAUCUCGCAGACAAGUAUAGUUCAUGAAUAUCUGGAAGGGCUAGAGGAAAAUACUUUAAGUCUAACAUUAAUUUUUUUUAAAAAACACACUACUUCAACUUGCCUUUCUAUUUAAGGGGUUGUUAAUUACCUUCGUCAUUUUUUUUAAACACUUUUUCAAAGCAGGUUCCAUGUUGAAUAAUCUAUCAUUUUACUUCAUAACUUACAUAAUAUGAAAUAUCUAGUUGUCAGACUUUGCCUUUUGUAGGCCACUCCUGAUGCAGGGUUUCAACCUGAAACAUGGACAAUUCCUUUCCCCGCAUAGAUGCUGCUCGAUUCACUGAGUUCCUCCAGUGGAUGGCUUGUUUGCCUUUUUUAUAUUUGCUCAAAGUAAUACACAUUUGGGGUAUGGUUACUUUUGCACUAUAUAACAAAGCCUUUUAUAAUCACUUUAAAUAUUGCAAUAUACUAAAGAAACUCUCUUCAUAGUUUUCUUUUCAAGCUGUGUAUAAGUUUGAUUGAAAUUGCUGUAAUGCUGUUUAUUUUCAUCCAGCUCAGACGUGUUGAAAUCAAUUAAAUCUGCUUAUCUGGCUUACCCUUUGUAACAAUCUGUUUUUGAGCUGUUGACUGCAUUAUAUAAAGUAUAUAUGUACUGAACUAGA